AUGCCAAGAUUUUCUGAAUGCUGGCGUUGUGGUAAACCUUCCGCAACUGUAAUUUGCCGUUCUUGUGAUGUCGCAAAGUACUGCAGUAACAAUUGCAAAGAAAACGACAUCGCAAGGCACAAUGACGCUGAAUGUCGCCCAGCAUCUAUUGUAGAUACAUGUUCAUCAUGUCGUAAGACUGGUUCUUUACUGCAAAAAUGCACUGGCUGUUACCGUGCUUUCUAUUGCGACCCGACAUGUCAGAAGAAUCAUCGACAUGAACACAAGGUAGAGUGCAAACGUACUGUAGAAAAGAUAAAAACACUGGCUGGGUCUCUUGACCUUUACUUCCCUCCAAAUUUUGCUCGAGGUUGCAUUGUACAUUAUUACUGGGGCAAUGUGCCCGCGUAUGAUUACUUAAAUUUGUCAGAAAACGAAGGCGUUGACUACAAUUCAACUAUGAAUCUUUUGGUCCUUGGUGUUGGCGAUUUACGAAAUGUCGUGAUGACUUGUGCCUCGUUGCCUGAAACUUUUACAAGCAAGGUCAAGUUUACUUUAAACGACUCAGACAGAUGUGUUUUGGCAAGAUUGGUUUUGUUGCUCUACAUGAUGAUUAAAUGUAAGUUUGUAGCGUCGCAUACGUUGAAGGUCGCAUGUCUGCAAUAAAUUAUUGUGGUUUAGGUUGCAAAUAUAUAUAUAUAUAUAUAUAUAUAUAUAUAUAUAUAUAUAUAUAUAUAUAUAUAUAUAUAUAUAUAUAUAUAUAUAUAUAAAGCCAGUUUCAACCAAAAUUUAAUUUUGUAUACAGUAUAUAGCCCAUAUGUAUUGUGCGAAUUUCCGGAAUAGAAUUAAUUAAAAUAUUAAGCAAACAUGUAUAGACAAAGCUCGAUGUUGCAACAUCUUGGGGUAUUUUUAGAAACGUGGGCGUUCAAGGUCGUUCGAAAGUCAACUAG